GGAACGUUAUUUUGGGUGACGAUGUGGCGGAAGCGUGGUUGAAACCGCAUCCACCCAAUGAUCUUAAAAUAAUAAUAGUUUAAAUUUUAAAGAUUUUUUUUUCUCAACCUGUCAAUCGGUUUAUGGGGUACGCGCUCCGGUUGAAGCUUGCUUCGUUCUCCGCCGGUGCUGCGGUGGCGUCGGCAUUUGGAUUGUACUUUAUGCACCAUGAUUACAUUCUCGUCCAUCAGUCUAUGUCUCAACAGAUUAAUGAAGAAUACAAGGCUUUGGAUAGACACGUCUCUUCACUGGAAAACUCAAAACGAGAAGUAACUAAGCAAGUCGAAACUUCAGAUAAGACAUGACAGAACAUGUUGUACUGUGUCUGAUAUGCUGACAUGUAUUGUACUGUGGUUGACACUGAUAUCCAUGGAAAAUAUCAUCGUUUUGUCCUUUGUAACAAGUGUUGUCUUUCCAUUAGGUCAAGUUUGCUAUCUGUGAAAAGAAAUACGAAAUACGAAACCCAAAAAGAGGCCACGAGUUAAUUUUAAAUAUUAUAAUGUGGUUGUGGAUAACUAGAUAUGCAUGUUUUUUGGGUGGAGAUUGUAUAAUGUUUUUUGUGUCUUUAUGUUUAUUUGCCCAUAGGAAGUGAGAU